AAAAAUAUUUUUUAUUUUUAUUGUAAGAACAUGUUAGCAACUACAGCACCAAACUCGUUAGUCAUGAAUCCAACAUCUAUGUUGGUAGAGAUGAAAAACUUCAUUCC